GUCAGCGGUAGGUGGGGCUGUGGUUACGCUGCCGGGCGGGGGUCGCGCCGGUUCGGCACCCGCGGCUCUGCGGGCGCCGGGCAGAGACCUGCGGCUGGGGCGUGUCACGUGUGUCCGAGAGCGCCGGCGGCGGGGCCGGAGGGCGGGUCCUGGGCCGAGUGACAGGCCGCAGCCCCCGUGCACCGUCGAAGCCGGCGCACCCGCCCGGUGCAGCCGCUGUGCGAGGGCGACCCCGCGGUCCAAGCCUCGCGUGGCCCUGCCGGGCCCCUUCUUUCCCCGAGUAGGGCGCAGCUCCCCAGCCUCCGCCCCGGCCUCGCCUGGCGCUUCCUUCCGGGUCCUUCGGCCUUUCCCUGGCGGUGCCGCAGGCUCUCGCCUCAUCCCACCAGGCACGUCGCGGUGCUCGACCCUGGGCCUCCGGGCAGGCUGCCUCCAUUAGGGCCACCCCUGGUCUCCGGACGCGACUUUCAUUGGUCUCAGAAUUUCUUGGCUCCUCUUAGCCUCUGCAGCCUUGCUGGAGGCGGCUCUGCGGAAUCUGAGUGAAUAAGGGAAACAGCAACAAUAUGGAUCAGAAACUUUCGAAGUUGGUAGAAGAGCUCACAACUUCAGGAGAACCCCGACUAAAUCCUGAGAAAAUGAAGGAACUGAAGAAAAUUUGCAAGUCUUCAGAGGAGCAGCUGAGCCGCGCCUACCGCCUGCUGAUAGCACAGCUGACCCAGGAGCACGCCGAGAUCCGCCUCUCAGCCUUCCAGAUCGUGGAGGAACUCUUCGUCAGGUCUCACCAGUUCCGGAUGCUGGUUGUUUCCAACUUCCAGGAGUUCCUGGAGCUCACACUGGGCACGGACCCCGCACAGCCCCUGCCGCCCCCCAGGGAGGCGGCACAGAGGCUGAGGCAGGCGACCACCCGGGCCGUGGAAGGGUGGAAUGCGAAGUUCGGGGAGGCCUACAAGAAGCUUGCCUUGGGCUACCACUUCUUAAGACACAACAAAAAGGUGGAUUUUCAAGACACGAAUGCUCGGAGUCUGGCAGAAAGGAAGAGAGAAGAGGAGAAGCAGAAGCACUUGGAUAAAAUUUAUCAAGAAAGAGCCAGCCAGGCAGAGAGGGAGAUGCAAGAAAUGUCUGGAGAAAUUGAAUCCUGUCUGACGGAGGUAGAGAGCUGCUUUAGGCUGCUGGUGCCUUUUGACUUUGACCUGAACCCGGAGACGGAAUCCCUUGGCAUGGCUUCCGGCACGUCCGAUGCCCUUCACUCCUGUGCGGGCCAGGUGGGCCCUUGCCGGUCUGGCACCCCCGACCCCCGGGACGGGGAGCAGCCCUGCUGCAGUAGAGACCUGCUUGCCUCUGCAGGCCACCCCAGAGCGGGCGGCGGGGCACAGCCAUCCCAGACAGCCACAGGUGACCCCUCAGAUGAGGACGAGGACAGCGACCUCGAGGAGUUUGUGCGGAGCCAUGGGCUGGGUUCGCACAAGUACACACUGGACGUGGAGCUCUGCUCAGAGGGCCUGAAGGUGCAGGAGAACGAGGACAACCUUGCUCUUGUCCACGCCGCCCGCGACACACUCAAACUCAUCCGGAACAAGUUCUUGCCGACUGUGUGCUCAUGGAUCCAACGCUUCACCCGCGUCGGGACCCACGGUGGAUGUUUAAAGCAUGCCAUUGACCUGAAGGCGGAAUUGGAGCUCAUACUGAGAAAAUACAAGGAGCUGGACAUCGAGCCUGAGGGAGGGCAAAGGCGCAGGACAGAAGCCCUGGGGGAUGCGGAGGAAGAUGAGGACGAUGAGGACUUUGUGGAGGUCCCUGAGAAGGAGGGGUAUGAGCCCCACAUCCCCGACCACCUGCGGCCUGAGUAUGGGCUGGAGGCAGCACCAGAGAAAGACACAGUUGUGCGGGGCUUGCGGACGAGGACGAGGAAGGACGAGGAGGCAUCGGACCCCACCUCUGCGGCUGCUCAGCUGCGGCAGCUCCGGGACCACUUGCCCCCACCCUCAUCUGCCAGCCCCUCCAGAGCGUUGCCAGAGCCACAGGAGGCCCAGAAGCUGGCAGCAGAGCGGGCCCGGGCGCCUGUGGUGCCCUACGGCGUGGACCUGCACUACUGGGGCCAGGAGCUCCCCACAGCCGGGAAGAUUCUCAAGUCUGACUCCCAGCACCGCUUCUGGAAGCCCAGCGAGGUGGAGGAGGAAGUGGUCAAUGCCGACGUCUCCGAGAUGCUCCGGAGCCGCCACAUCACUUUUGCCGGGAGGUUUGAGCCUGUGCAGCACCGGUGCCGUGCCCCGAGGCCAGACGGCCGGCUCUGUGAGCGCCAAGACCGGCUGAAGUGCCCUUUCCAUGGGAAGAUCGUUCCAAGGGACGACGAAGGAUGGCCGCUCGACCCGGAGGACAGGGCUCGCGAGCAGCGGCAGCGGCUGCAGAAGCAGGAGCGCCCGGAAUGGCAGGACCCUGAGUUGAUGAGAGACGUGGAAGCAGCCACAGGGCAGGAUCUCGGCUCGUCCAGGUACAGCGGGAAAGGCAGGGGGAAGAAGAGGAGGUACCCCAGUCUCACCAACCUGAAGGCUCAGGCUGACACCGCCCGCGCUCGCAUCGGGAGAAAAGUCUUCGCCAAGGCAGCUGUGCGGAGGGUAGUGGCAGCUAUGAACCGGAUGGACCAGAAGAAGCACGAGAAGUUUUCAAACCAGUUUAACUACGCACUGAACUAGAGAGCGGGGCCCAGUGCACUGGCCAUCAGCACCUUCUUCCUCUGCCAGUGUCUCAGGACAGCAGAGUGGGCCUGGGUCUGGGCAGUAACCAUGCCUUGUCUAUUACUGUGUUUGAUGUAAGGAAAUGGCGCGUUGAAAUGCCCUGAAGGUAUGGCCGCUCUGCUGCUACAGGGUUCGGCAUCGUCUGGUGAUGGGUCUGGCCUCGCAGAAGAGGCCCUCAGGCCUGGAGAUAUGAACACAGGCAGUGACCCUGUUCCAGAGGGCUUCUGCGAGUCCUCAUGAGGCCAGUGCGUGUCGUGGUGUGGGGUUCAGCACAGACGAAAUGUGCGUGCAGCUCAGUCUUCAGAGCGUGCAUUCCCCAGCCAGGAGGCGACCACUCAGAGGAACUCUGGGAAACCCACUUCUGUGCAAAUGCUGUUUUUAACACAAACACAAAGGCUAGUGAACCGUUCAGUCAUCUGCUUUCUGUUUCUGGAUGUGCCUUUUCAUACGUGUGGCCUCUUGUCCCUGGCUUCUUACACUUGGCGUUCUGUUUUCAAGGUUUAUCCAUGCAGUUCCUCUCCAAUGUAUAAAACAAAAGAGGUGAAAACCUGCCCAUGUGGAAGCUUGUGCAUACAUCUUCACAGCAGCAUUGAAGGAGGGUACCAAACAUCUUCUCGCGUGCUUACUGGCCAUUUGUGUAUCUUCUUUGAGAGGAGUCUAUUCAAAUCUCUUGCCUAUUUUUAAUUGAAUUAUUUAUCUUGAGUUGUAACAGUUUUUUUUCCCCCCCUCCUUUUAGAGAUGGGCUUUUGCUCUUACCCAGGCUGAGUGCAGUGGCACAAUCAUAGUUCAGUGCAGCCUCAAACUCCUGGGCUCAAGCCAUCCUCCCAUGUCAGCCUCCCAAGUAGCUGGGACUACAGGCACACGCCACAACACUUGGCUAAUUUUUUAAAUUUUUUGUAGAGAUGAGGUCUCACUGUGUUGCCCACGGUGAUCUCGAACUCAGCCUCAAGUGAUCCUCCUGCUUCAGUCUCCCAAAGUGUUGGGAUUACAAGUAUGAGCCACCACUCCUGGCCAGAAGUUUAUAUGUAUAGUGUGAAUACUAGAUCCUCAUGUGAUUUGCAAAAACUUAUUUAUUUAUUUAUUUUUUUUUGAAAUGGAAUCUUGCUCUGUCGCCAGGCUGGAGUGCAAUGGUGUGAUUUCGGCUCACUGCAACUUCCACCUCCUGGGUUCAAGCGAUUCUCCUGUGUCAGCCUCCCAAGUAGCUGGGACUACAGGUGCGCACCACCAUGCCCAGCUAAUUUUUGUAUUUUUAGUAGAGACGGGAUUUCACUGUGUUGGCCGGGAUGGUCUUGAUCUCCUGACCUUGUGAUCCACCCACCUCGGCCUCCCAUAGUGCUGGGAUUACAGGUGUGAGCCACCGCACUCAGCUGAUUUGCAAAAACUUUGUUCCAUACUGUUGUUUCACUUUCUGGUUAGUGUCCUCUAAAGCACAGAAGUUAAUUUUGAUGAAGUCCAGCAAUUUAUCUGUUUUUUUCUUUUGUUGCUUAUGCUUUUGCUGUCACAUCUCAGAAGCCAUCGCCUAAUCCGAGAUCACAGAGAUUUACACCUAGUUUCUAAUAAGCAUUUUAUAAUUUCAGCUCUUAUGUGUACAUCUUUGAUCCACUGUGAAUUAAGUUUUGUAUGUGGUGUAAGAGCCCACAUUCUUUUGCAUAUGGAUAUCCAGCUGUCCCAGCACCAUUUGUUGAAAACAUUAUUUUUCCCCAUUGAACUAUCUCUUCAUCGUUAUUGAUAAUCAAUUGGCCAAAAAUGUACAGGCUUAUUUCUGGGCACUUGACUCUAUUCCAUUGACCUGUUUAACCUUAUGCCAGUACCACAGUACCUUGAUCAAUGUUGCUUUGUUGUGAUAAGUUUUACUUUGUUCUGUUUCAAGGCUGUUUUGACUAUUCUGCAUCCCUUGCAUUUCCAAAUGAAUUUUAGGAUCCACUCAUCAGUUUCUUCAAAAAAAAAAAAAAAAAGCAGCUGAGAUUUUGAUAGGAAUUACAUUAAAUCUAGAGAUUGCUUUGGGAUGUAUUACCGUCUUAAUAUUAAAUCUUCUGAGUUAUGAGCUUCUGAUUAUCUUUCCAUUUAUUUGGGUCUUUUUAAAUUUAUUUCAGCAGUAUUUUGUAGUUUUCAGUAUAUAAGUCUUUCACUUAUGUUGUUAAAUUUACUCAUUUUGUAAUUUUUGAUUUAUAACCAAAAGGAUUAUAAAUGCAAUUAUAAAUUAUUAAAAGAUUGUAAAUUGCAUUUAUAAAAGCAAUCACAAAUGUAAUUGUUUUCUGAAUUUCACUUUGGGGCUGAUCAUUGCUAAUAUGUGGAAGUACAACUGACUUUUGUGUAUUGAUCUUGUAUCCUGCAUUCCUUGCUGAACUUGUUUAUUCAUUCUAAUUAGUUGUGUGUUCCCUAAGAUUUUCCAUACACAAAAUCAUGUCAUCUGCAAACAGCUUUCUUUCUCAUCUGGAUUUCUUUUAUUUCUCUUACCUAAUCGCUCUGGCUAGUACCUCCAGGACAAUGUUGAAUAGAUGUGGUGAGAACAGACAUCCUUGUCUUACUCUUGAUCUUAGCGGGAAGCUUUCAGUCUCUCACCAUUGAGUGUGAUGCUAACAAUGCAGUUUUGUGUAGAUGCUUCUAUCAGGUUGAAAAAGUUACCUUCUCCUCCUAGUUUGUUGAGUGUUUUUGUCAUAAAGUAUUGAAUUUUGUCAGAUGCUUUUUCUCCAUCUGUUGAGAUGAUAGUAUGAUUCUUGCCCUUUAUUGUAGUGAUACAGUAUAUUACAUUGUUUCUCAUAUGUUGAACCGACCUUGCAUUCAUGGGGUAAAUUCUACUUGUUCAUGGUGUAUAAUCCUUUUUCUAUGCUGCUGGAUUUGGUUUGCUAGGAUUUUGCAUCUGUAUUCAUGAGGGAUAUUGGUCUGUAGUCUUUUUGUGAUGUCUUUGUCUGGCUUUAGUCACGUCACUACUGACCUCAUAGAUUGAGGUGGGAAGUGUUCCCUCCCCUCCUAUUUUUUGGAAGAGUUUGUGAAAGAUUGUUGUUAAUUAUUUAAACAUUUGGUGGAAUUUACCAGUGCAGGCUGGGCUUUUCUUUGUGGGAUUUUUUUCCCUAAUUCAGUAUCUUCAUUUAUUAUAGAUCUGUUUAGUUCCAGUAGUUUGCAUCUUUCCAGGAGUUUGUCCCUUUCUAGGUUCUUUGUUGCAAUCUGUUCAUAUGUAAUUGUUCAUAGCAUUAAAAAAAUUCUUUUUAACUGACAAGGUCUCACUCUGUUGCCCACGCUGGAGUGCAGUGGUGCAAUCAUAGCUCACUCCAACCUCAGACUCAUGGGCCCAAGUGAUCCUCCCACCUCAGCCUCCCCAGUAGGAAGGACCACAGGCAUGCACCACCACAUUCAGCUAAUUUUCUAUCUUUGGUUUUGUUUUGUUUGAGACAGAGUCUUGCUCUGUCACCCAGGCUGGAGUACAGUAGCACAAUUAUGGCUCACUACAGCUUUGACCUCCCAGACUCAAGCAGUCUUCCCAUCUCAGCUUCCUGAGUAGCUAAGACUACAGGGGCAUGGCACUAUGACUGGCUAAUUUUUUAAAAGCUUAUUUUUGGUAGAGAUGGGGUCUCACUAUGUUGCCCAGGCUGGUCUCAAACUCCUGGCCUCAAGAAAUUUUCCCAUCUUAGCAUAGCAAAGUGCUGGGAUUACAGGCAUGAGCCACCACACCCAGCCCUCAUUUUCUUUUAAAAUUUUUUUGUAGAGACAGGUUCUUGCUGUGUUGCCCAGGCUGAUCUUUGUCAAACUCCUGGCAUCAAGUGAGCCUCCCACCUUGGCCUCUCAAAGUGCUGGGAUUGUGGAUGUUUAGCCAAUGCUCCCAGCCUAUUCAUAGUCUUUUCUGGUUUUAGUCAUUUGAUUCUUCUCUCUUUUACUCCCCUCAGUCUAGCUAAAGAUUUAUCAAUUUUGUUGAUCUAUUUAAAGAAAGAACUUCUGGUUUUGUUUAUUGUUCCGUAUGAUUUUCCAUUCUUUAUUUUGUUAAUUUCCACUGUAAUCUUUAUUAUUUCCUUUGGGUUGCUUUGGGUUUUAUUUUCUCUUCUUUUUCUUGUUUCUUAAGAUGGAAAAUUAGCUUACUGAUUUGAAAUCUUUCUUUUUAAUAUAGACAUUUGUAGCUAUAAAUUUUUAUCUCAGCACUGAUUUACUUCAUCCCUUAAGUUCUGGUAUAUUGUGUUUUCCCUUUUUUUAAUCUAAAAGUAUAUUCUGAUUUUUCUGGUGAUUUCUUCUUUUAUCUCUUGGUUAUUUAAGAGUUUGUUGUUUAAUUUCCACAUAUAUGUGAAUUUCCCAAGUUUCCUUCCGUUAUUGACUUCUUUUCUUAUUUUUGAGAGACAGGAUCUCACUUUGUCUCCCAGGCUGGAGUGCAGUGCCGUGAUCACAGCUCACUGCAGCCUCGACCUCCCACCUCAGCCUCUCGAGUAGCUGAGACUACAGGCAUAAGCCACCGAGCCCAGCUAAAUUUUUAAAAAUUUUGUUGAAGAGACAGGGUCCGACUAUGUUGCCCAGGCUGUGUUGGAACUCCUGGGCUCAAGUGAUCCUGCCGCUUUCACCUCCCAAAGUGCUGGGAUUACAAGCGUGAGCUACCGUACCUGGACUGUUACUGGUUUCUUAUUUCAUUCCAUUAUGGCUAAAGAACAUAGAUUGUAUGAUUUCCCAUCUUUUGUACGUAUUGAGAGUUAUUUUAUUGGCAUACCAUAUUUUCUGUCCCAGAGUGUUGAAGAAUAUCUAUCCUGCUCUUGUUGGGCGGAGUGUUGUAUAGAUGCCUGUUGUGUCUGAUUGGUUUGUAGUGUUGUAUAGACGCCUGUUGGGUCAGAGGUUGGUUUGUAGUGUUGUAUAGAUGCCUGUUGGGUCUGAUUAGUUUGUAGUGUUGUAUAGAUGCCUGUUGGGUCAGAGGUUGGUUUGUAAUGUUGUAUAGAUGCCUGUUGGGUCUGAUUGGUUUGUAGGGUUGUAUAGAUGCAUGUUGGGUCUGAUUGGUUUGUAGUGUUAUAUGGAUGCCUGUUGGGUCUGAUUAGUUUAUAGUUUUGUAUAGAUGCCUGUUGGGUCAGAGGUUGGUUUGUAAUGUUGUAUAGAUGCCUGUUGGAUCUGAUUGGUUUGUAGAGUUGUGUAGAUGCGUGUUGGGCCUGAUUGGUUUGUAGUGUUGAAUGGAUGCCUGUUGGGUCUGAUUGGUUUCUAGUGUUGUAUAUUUGCCUGUUGGGUCAGAGGUUGGUUUGUGUGUUGUAUAGAUGCCUGUUGGGUCAGAGGUUGGUUUGUGUGUUGUAUAGAUGCCUGUUGGGUCAGAGGUUGGUUUGUGUGUUGUAUAGAUGCCUGUUGGGUCAGAGGUUGGUUUGUAGUGUUGUAUAGAAGCCUGUUGGGUCUGAUUGGUUUGUAGUGUUGUAUAGAAGCCUGUUAGGUCUGAUUGGUUUGUAGUCUGAUUGUUUACGUCUUCUCUUCCCUUAUUGAUCUUCUGCCCAGUUAUAUUGAUAUUGAAUGUGGGGUAUUGAAUCCUUCAGUUUUGUCAGCUUUUGUUUCAUAAAUUUUGAAGCUCUGUUAAGUGCAUCUGUAUUUCUAUUUCUUUCUGAUGAACAGACCCUUUUAUCAUUAUGACAUGUCCUUCUUUGUCUUUAGUGAAAAAAAAUGUUGUCUUUAAGUCCCUUUUGUAUGUUAUUAGUAUAGCCACUCAGCUCUUUUUGAUUAUUGUUUGCAUGGUAUCUUUUUUCACCUUUUAACUUUCAUUGUAUCUCUGAAUCUAAAGUGUGUUUCUUGUAAACAGCAUAUAGUGGGAUCGUGUUUCUUAUCUGUCCUGUUGGUUUCUGCCGUGAAUCUAAAGUGUGUUUCUUGUAAACAGCAUAUAGUGGGAUAGUGUUUCUCAUCUGUCCUGCUGGUCUCUGCUCUGAAUCAAAAGUGUGUUUCUUGUAGACAGCGUAUAGUGGGAUCAUGUCUUUCAUCUGUCCUGCUGGUCUCUGCUGUUUGAGAGGGAUGUUUAAUCCAUUUACAUUCAGUAUGAUUACUGAGAAAGCUGGAUUUGUAUCUGCCAUUUCUAAAUUUGUUUUCUAUAUUGUCUUGUUUGUCUUUCUUCCUUUAUUUGUCCAUUACUUUUUUGUGUUAAAUGGACAUUUAAUUCUCUUGUAACAUUGUAAUUUCCUUGUCUGUUUUACUGGUUUUUUAAAAAGUAAUUUUCUUAGCAGCUGCUCUGAGUAUUACAGUAACAACGUAAAACCAAUCAAGUGUUCAGAUGAACUUAAUAAUGUACAAAAACCUUCACUUCGAGUAGCUUUGUUUCCUCUCAGCUUCUUGGUGCUGUAUUUGUCAUAUAAAUGCUACCUUUUAGAUUGUAAGUCCGUCAGCAGUCUUGUAAUUAUUGCUUUAUGCAGUUGUCUUUUAAAUCACAUAGAAGAAGAAAAGAUGUACAAACAGAAAUGAGUUUCUGCUGUCUCUGUUGGUGGCUUUGCAGUUGUCUUUUUCGGUGCUCUUUGUGUGGAGUUGAGUGUGCUGUCUUGGACUUCGGCCUCAAGUAUUUCUUGUAGGACAGAUCUUCUAGCAAUGAAUUCUCUUUGUUUUUGUUUAUCUGAGAAUGUUGUAAUUUCUCCUUCUCUUCUGAAGAAUAAUUGUGCUGGAUAUGGCUGACUUGGUUGGCCCUCUUUUUCUUUCAGUCCUCUAUAGAUGUCAUUCCACUGCCUCUGGCCUCCAUGGUUUCCGUGGCAGGAGCACCGCACCGUGUCUCAGUCUUUUUUUAGCUUCUGACUGUUUGACUGUGGUGUGUCUAAUUGUGGAUCUUUCAGUGUGUCCUACCUGCAGUUCUUUGAGCUUCUUGGAUAUAGAGGUUAAUAUUUUUUGUAGUCUGAUUGUUUACGUCUUCUCUUCCCUUAUUGAUCUUCUGCCUAGUUAUAUUGAUAUUGAAUGUGGGGUAUUGAAUCCUUCAGUUUUGUCAGCUUCAUGUUCAGCCAGUGACUGGACAGAGAACCCCUUUAAGUGCUUUGCACCAGUAACUCUCGUGGUUCUGCCGACACACAGUUGAUGCGUGGUGAGUGUGCCUUCAGCACUCCAUCGUGGUUCCGCAAAUUUGGGAAAUUUUAGGUUGUCGUUUCUCGAAAUAUUUUAUGUCCCUGUUCUCUUCCCCCACUUGGACUCCAGCUACGUGUGUUGAUGUGGAGCUGGGCACAGCCUUGGAGGCCUCCUUGACUUUCCUUUAUUCCAGAAUUUUUUAUUCUUCUCAGAAUGGAUCAUCUCAGUUGACCUAUCUUCAAGGUCACAGAUAUGUCAAGCUGCUCUAGUGAAUUUUUCAUUUCAGUUAUUGUACUUUUCUACUCCAAACUUCCAUUUGGCUCUCUUCUAUAAUUUCUGUAUCUUUACUCAUAUUCUUUAUUUAGUGAAACAUUCUCAUACUUUAAUUCUAUAGACACAGUUUCCUUUAGUUAUUUGAACAUAUUUAUAGAAGCUGAUUUAAAGUACUUGUCUAAGCCGGGCGUGGUGGUAUGCACCUGUAAUCCCAGCUACUUGGGAGGCAGAGGCAGGAGAAUUGCUUGAACCCGGGAGGCGGAGGUUGCAGUGAGCCAAGAUCGAGCCAUUGUACUCCAGCCUGGGCCACAGAGCGAGACUCAAAACUAGUUAGAUAGAUAGAUAGAUAGAUAGAUAGAUAGAUAGAUAGAUAGGGGACUUGUCUACUAAGUUCAACAUCAGGGCUUAUUCAGGGGAAGUUCCUAUUGAUGACCUUUUUUCCCAUGUCAGAGCCAAGGAAAUAACAUACUCUUUCUUUGUGGUCUCAUAUAUAUGUAUUUUUUGAAGACUGGACACUUUAAUAAUGUGCUGUGCAACUCUGGAAAUCAGAUACCCUCUCCACGAGUUUAUUGUUGUUCUGUUGCUGUUACCUUUUGUUUAGUGUAUGUUCUGGACUAAUUUGAAGUGUCCACCUCAUCAGCUUCAUGUUCAGCCAGUGACUGGACAGAGGACCCCUUUAAGUGCUUUGCACCAGUAACUCUUACGGUUCUGCCGACACACAGUUCAUGCGUGAUGUGUGUGCCUUCAGCACUCCAUUGCGGUUCUGCCGACAUGCAGUUCACACGUGGUGUGUGUGCCUUCAGCGCUCCAUCGCAGUUCUGCUGACAUGCAGUUCACACGUGGUGUGUGUGCCUUCAGCGCUCCAUUGCAGUUCUGCUGACACGCAGUUCAUGCGUGGUGCGUGUGCCUUCAGCGCUCCAUCGCGGUUCCGCCGACAUGCAGUUGAUGUGUGGUGCGUGUGCCUUCAGCGCUCCAUCGCGGUUCCGCCGACAUGCAGUUGAUGUGUGGUGCGUGUGCCUUCAGCGCCCCAUCGCGGUUCCGCCGACAUGCAGUUGAUGUGUGGUGCGUGUGCCUUCAGCGCCCCAUCGCGGUUCCGCCGACAUGCAGUUGAUGUGUGGUGCGUGUGCCUUCAGCGCCCCAUCGCGGUUCCGCCGACAUGCAGUUGAUGUGUGGUGCGUGUGCCUUCAGCGCCCCAUCGCGGUUCCGCCGACAUGCAGUUGAUGUGUGGUGAGUGUGCCUUCAGCGCUCCAUCGCAGUUCCGCCGACAUGCAGUUGAUGUGUGGUGCGUGUGCCUUCAGCGCCCCAUCGCGGUUCCGCCGACAUGCAGUUGAUGUGUGGUGAGUGUGCCUUCAGCGCUCCAUCGCAGUUCCGCCGACAUGCAGUUCAUGUGUGGUCAGCGCUCCAGCAGGCAGCUGCCAACUGUACCUUUGCCUUCACUUCUUACUUGCACACAGCCACAAAGCCAGCCAGAGGUGAGGGCCGGAGUAGCUCAGGUUCCUCUCAGGCACGCACACAGCUCUGUGCCUGUGUGGGCACAGCCUUCCAUGCCUCCAGGAGUGUGGCAGAGCUUCUCAGCGGCCACUGUGGGCAUCUCGUUCCUCAGAUCUUCCUUUCAUGAGUUAUGUAGUUGAAUUAUCAAUCUUUCUUGGCUUCUAAGUUUUGUGUUCUAGUUAGAAUGUUCUUCCCCCUCAAAGAUUAUAUUUGAAAUGUUUUCCAUGUUUUCUUCUAGUACUUUUAUGGGUUUCAUUUUCAUAUUGAAAUCAUUGAUCUACUUCUAGUUUUUGAUACAAAAUGUGAGCCAGGAAACCCAGUUUUUAAAUUUCAAAUAGCUGUCCAGGUGUCCCUGCACCUCUUAUGCAUGAGCCCUCGCUUUGUGCCAGUUUGGAGAGCCCGCCUGCUCACAUGUGCUGAUUUGGAGUGCCCGCCUGCUCACACGUGCCGAUGCGGAGUGCCCGCCUGCUCACACGUGCCGAUGUGGAGUGCCCGCCUGCUCACACGUGCCGAUGUGGAGUGCCCGCCUGCUCACACAAAGCCCUAGCAUGGUGGCUCUGUAGGUUUCCUGUCCUGCCGGCCGAGUCAGAUGCUGUUACCGUACAUUGUACUCAUGGUGGCUUUUUAAUACGUUUUUAUGUCAAGGACCCCUUUUAUAUUUCUCUGCACCUUGAGAUAAAGUGGGAAUAUUAGGGAUGAGAUGAAAGAGGAGAGGGUGUUUUUGUAAAGUUGAAUUCAGGACUGAUUUGUUAGCCUGGUGCUUUUCGUAUCAGACCUUUUAAUGAAUUUUCAUGGAUACUGAUUAAAAGACAAACCUGUGA